ACCGCCGCGAUCACGAACGAGUCUUUUUUUAUCGCGAGAGAGUCGCGCAAAGAAGGGAUUCGAAUCACACCGGGGGCAGAAAUUUUUGCAAGAAGUCAGAUUUCCAUCCGAGAAAUGUACAUAGAAAGUGUUGCAUCUCGUAGAUCCGUAAUUGUCCUGCUUCGCGGAGGAAAUAGUUACCAACGUUGCGUGUAAAUAGCGUGAACGUGUUUCAGCGAAACUGCGUUACUUUUUUCGACACGGUCGCCGGGAAUCCUGUGUUGUGAGUGUGCACGGUUUAGAUCUUUAUCCACGCACGUAGAUAUAUCAUGUAACCAUUAAUCGUGGCUUUGUCGAACGAACCAAAGGAUUCGUUUAACCGAUUACAUUUCGCAUUAUCGAUUCAGUUGGCUUUUUUCUUUUCCACGAAUACUUUCCAUCAUCGUCCGAUCGCACGCGUCCGCUCUACGAGGUCAGAAUUAGCUCCUAGAGCGAGCUCGGAUCGUAGGCUUAAGCCAUCAUCGUAUCACGUUUCACGAUUCAUCCCAUAAUUAAUAUCAGUAAUCCGUAAAUCGUCAUUCUCAUCAGUAGUGUUCAGACUUGCGUGCUUACUCAAUCUCUUCGUGUUCUUAAAAUGUGUAAUCGUUGUACUGUAAAUAAUAACUGGAAUUGUUACGUGACGCUUUGCAUCGGAUUGUAUCUACCGAACGGGUGAUUUUUUUAAUAGCGUACAUCGAGAAAUCCCGGAAAAAAGUGUUUUACUUUCGGAGUAGCACGUAUCUCGAAGAGGUUGACACGUUUUUAUUGAAUGUAGCUCGCUUGCUUGUAAUCCCUCUUUCGUACCGAUUCGAGCGGAGACGCUUUUACACCUUAGAUACCUUUGUAAUUCGACUUAGCCGGGACCGGUUGUUCCACCUUCGGCCGACUCGAGAUCGCAAGUAGCCAUUCGUCGACAUUCUUGCGACUCGACUUGAACGUUACUCGAUACAGUCAUGGACUUGCCCGCGACACCUUGAUUUUUCCGCGUUGGUCAUUAGUCGACUCGUGGGUUGGAACAUUGAUCCGGGAUUCCGAUAAGUUCUCUUCUGUGUCCUGUUCGGACCACGAUCGCGAGGACUCGUGACAACGUUUCAAAGAUGGCUUACCAGAUUUCGAUUACUUUCUUCUCCUCGUUUUCAUAUUUCUUUUUUUUUUUAAGUUGCAAAUGAUUUCGUAACCAGUCUUAAAAAUGCACAAGAUCAUAUUUUACUGUGUUUGUCACUGUAGCCGUUCGGUGCAGGAAAAUUCCUAGAGAUAGAUCGGACGAUCUAUCGUCCUUUGUAUCGUUCUUCGCGUCUUCGAGAGCUGAGAAAGUUCAAAUUACGUCGCGUCACAGACCCACCUCCUCGUCCGACCUCCCCCGCGCCAGUGCAGGGCUCCGAACAAUCGAUAAAAGUGAAAUCGUCGCAGCUUCCGAAGGUGGAACGACCUCCGGUCCGUCGUUCAGUCUAAAGAAACGAUUCCAACGUCGAGCACACAAUUGCAACCAUCCAGUUCGCAGGUGAUUCGAGACAAACGGAUCGUGCUCGCAUUGAACGAGACUUGAUUCGCGAUUAAUAAAUGAAACCUAUUUACAUAAAACAGGCCUAAAUUCGUAAGUUUCAACGUGGCCACGAUCUUGGAUAUUCGUUUCGUUGCAAUGAAAGUCGGACGAGCGUUAAAAUGGCGCGAAACGGAGUCGUUUCUUUGGGUCGAUUAGAAGAUACAGUUUCGCUGGAAGGAACGAAAUCGCGUUAGCUCCCCUGUCGAUCCUCGUAGACCUCCUUUCUUUGUCUAUGUGGCGUUGUUGUUGUUGUGUUGCAUGCAGGAGGCCGGCUAGUACCUGGCGGGAUCGCCAGUCCCCCGGGAUCUGGCGGCUCGACCGGAAACACCGGGAAUUCGAACUCGGCGGCUGCGAGACGCGGCAAUCGCAGACUCACGCGCAAUGAGAGCCGCUAUCAUUCCGAGGUGCGCCAGGAGGCGGUGCAGCAGGCACUGGCGGCGAUGCAGGGUCGCCCGAAGCCGUCCCUGCCGAUGCCGUCUAAAAGAACAUCCGUGAUGGCCAGGAGUCCCGACCGGGACCGUCGCGACAGCGGGGAGUCCAGCAGCGACGAGGACAGCGUGGUCACCGAGGAGAGUCCCGGUGCUGGUGGUCCAACGGGUAUACCUCCUUCGAAUCUAAAUUUUUCCAUAUUUUAUGCUCGUCACUCGGGGCCAAGAAUCACCGGCACAGGAUUGUCGGACACCAGCAGCACCGGUUCGGCGCGUGACACGCCUCCGCCUCCGAGACCACCGGCCAGGAGACCUCCUGGCGCGGACAUCACGGACAUCGCGGAAUACACGCCCCAUGCCUACUGCAACAUCCAGCCGCCGGACGUGACGCACACGAGCAACACGCCGGCCGCGCAGCAAUCGACCAGGCGACCGGGCGCCGAUCGAGUGAACCGCUACCACGUCGUCGAGGAUCAGAACAACACCGGGACCACCGGCCGCUGGAAGGUCUCCGCGAAGAUCCAACAGCUGCUGAACACGUUGAAACGGCCCAAGCGACGACCGUUGCCCGAGUUCUACGAGGACGACGACAUCGAGCUGGAGAUCGCGGCCAAUCCGAAGGACCCGAAUGCCCCUAAACCCGAGGGCGGUUCCAUGACCUCCGCGGUCGGCGAACCGUUCUCCGUGGCCGCUGGUUUGCCCAGGUCACUCGAGGCCGCUAUACAAAGGUAUGGAUCGGCAACGUACAAAGCGCCAGUGGCAACCGUCCUGGAUCCUAACGGCAAGCUUUGCGUGACGCUCACUUAUGGAAAGCUUCUAAGUCGUUCUCACAAGAUAGCGUACACGCUGCUGAACAAGGCACUGAGUCGCGGGGGCGAUUGCUGCCUGAAACCUGGCGACAGAAUCGCCCUGGUUUAUCCGAACAACGACCCGAUAAGCUUCAUGUGCGCCUUCUACGGCUGCCUUCAGGCUGGCAUCGUACCUGUGCCGAUCGAGGUCCCUUUGACCCGUCGAGACGCUGGCUCGCAGCAGAUCGGCUUUCUUCUGGGCAGCUGUGGGAUUCAGGUGGCGUUGACCAGCGAGGCUUGUCUGAAGGGGCUACCGAAGACCGCAGCCGGCGAAGUGGUGGCGUUCAAGGGCUGGCCGAAGCUCCAUUGGUUCGUAACGGAACACCUGGGGAAAACGCCGAAAGAUUGGCUACCGCCGCCGCGAUUGACCGACGAUACACCCGCGUACAUCGAGUACACCACGGACAAGGAUGGCUCGGUGAUGGGCGUGACGGUGACCAGAUCCGCGAUGCUGUCCCACUGUCGGGGCUUGACGCAAGCCUGCGGGUACACGGAGGGGGAGAACGCGGUCUGCGUUCUAGAUUUCAAACGAGAGGUCGGCCUCUGGCACAGCACUCUGACCAGCGUCCUGAACGGAAUGCACGUAAUUUUCAUUCCGUACGCUCUGAUGAAAGUAAAUCCCGCCAGCUGGAUGCAAAUGAUCACGAAGCAUCGGGCCAGCGUGGCCGUGGUAAAGUCCCGGGACCUUCACUGGGGCCUCCUGGCCACGAAGGAUCACAAGGACAUCUCUUUGUCGUCGCUGAGACUGUUGUUGGUAGCGGACGGCGCGAAUCCCUGGUCCCUAUCCUCCUGCGACCAGUUCCUCUCGGUAUUUCAGUCCAAAGGCUUGAGACCGGACGCCGUCUGUCCGUGCGCGUCGUCGAGCGAAGCAUUGACCGUCUCGGUUAGGAGACCGGGUCGCGCUGGCGUGAACGCGACUGGACGCGGCGUGCUCUCGAUGUCCGGACUGAGCUACGGCGUCGUCAGAGUCGAUCAAGAGAAUUCCCUGACCUCCUUGACGCUCCAGGACUGCGGUCAAGUUAUGCCCGGAAGUAUCGUGAUCGUGAUCAAGAUGGAGGGGCAGCCGUUCAUUUGUAAGACCGACGAAGUUGGCGAGAUCUGCGUGCACAGUUCCACGACCGGGAACCAGUACUGGGGGUUGCAAGGGUUAACGAAUAACACGUUCAAGGUGGCCCCGCUUCAAGCCGACGGGAAUCCGCUGGGCGAGGUGGAGUACACUCGAUCUGGUUUGUUAGGCUUUCUCGGACCUGGCGGCCUGGUGUUCGUAUGCGGAUCGCGCGAUGGACUUAUGACCGUCACGGGAAGAAAGCACAACGCCGACGAUAUAAUCGCCACGGUCCUCGCCGUCGAGCCUAUGAAGUUCAUUUAUCGCGGUAGAAUAGCCGUGUUCAGCGUACGCGUCUUGAGGGACGAGAGAAUAUGCGUCGUCGCGGAGCAGCGACCCGAUUGCAGCGAGGAAGAGAGUUUCCAAUGGAUGUCGCGGGUGCUCCAAGCAGUAGAUUCGAUUCACGCCGUUGGAAUAUAUUGUUUGGCGUUGGUUCCGCCUAACUACCUGCCGAAAACGCCGCUCGGCGGUAUUCAUCUGUCGGAAACGAAAAGACGUUUCCUAGAGGGUACACUACACCCGGCUAAUGUUCUGCUUUGUCCGCACACUUGCGUUACGAAUCUACCGAAACCACGCGAGGUCCAUUCAGCGGGGGAUUCUGUUGCAGACGUUGGUCCGGCCAGUGUCAUGGUGGGCAACAUUGUUCAGGGUAAUAGAUUGGCCUCGGCUCAAGGACGGGAUAUGGGCGUCUUGGACGAGGACAGUGAUAACGCUAAAAAGUAUCAGUUCAUCUCGGAGAUCCUUCGAUGGCGUGCAGUCAGUACCUCCGAUCACGUGAUAUUUACGUCGUUGAACGCGAAAGGAGCGGUGGCGACUUCCCUGUCCUGUUCUCAGCUGCACAAAAAGGCCGAACGGAUCGGGAAUCUUUUGUUGGAUCGCGGACGGAUCAAUACCGGCGACCACGUGGCGUUAAUAUUUCCGCCCGGUACAGAUUUGAUAUGCGCGUUUUACGGUUGCCUGUACGUUGGAGCGGUGCCAGUCACGAUCAGGCCGCCUCAUCCUCAGAACCUCCAGACCACUUUGCCAACCGUGCGCAUGAUCGUGGACGUCAGUAAGUCUGUGCUCGUGCUCACGAAUCAGAAUCUCCUGAAACUGCUGAAAACGAAGGAGGCGAACAACGUUGUCGACGUGAAGAGCUGGCCGACGAUUCUCGAUAUGGACGACAUGCCAAAGAAGAAGCUACCUGUUAUGUAUCGGGCUCCUACGGCAGAGAUGCUGGCUUAUCUAGAUUUCAGCGUUUCGACCACGGGCAUGCUCGCAGGAAUUAAAAUGUCCCACGCAGCUGUUACGUCUCUGUGCCGUGCCAUGAAACUUGCCUGUGAAUUGUAUCCAUCGAGGCACAUUGCUCUGUGCUUGGAUCCCUACUCUGGAUUAGGAUUCGCGUUGUGGUGUUUGAGCAGUAUAUACAGCGGACAUCAUUCCAUACUUAUACCACCGUCGGAGGUGGAAGCAAAUCCAGCGUUGUGGCUGUCGGCGGUCAGUCAGUCCAGAGUGAGAGACACAUUUUGCUCUUACGGCGUAAUGGAACUAUGCACGAAGGGUCUCGGUUCCUCCGUUCACGCUCUGAAAGCACGAGGCGUCAGUUUGGCCUGCGUCAGAACGUGCGUGGUCGUUGCCGAGGAAAGACCGCGGAUCGCCCUCACCACGAGCUUCAGCAAACUUUUCUCCGCUUUGGGACUGAGUCCGCGAGCUGUGUCGACCUCCUUCGGAUGCAGAGUCAACACAGCCAUUUGUCUACAGGGUGCAUCGAGUCCAGAACCGUCCACGGUGUACGUAGAUCUGCGCGCGUUGCGCAACGAUCGCGUGUCCUUGGUGGAAAGGGGUAGCCCUCACUCUUUGUGCCUCAUGGAAUCGGGAAAACUGCUUCCCGGGGUAAAAGUGAUCAUCGCCAAUCCGGAAACGAAAGGACAGUGCGGCGACUCUCAUUUAGGCGAGAUUUGGGUGCAAUCCGCUCACAACGCUAGCGGCUACUUCACGAUCUACGGCGAUGAGAGCGAUUAUGCGGAUCACUUUAACGCUCGUCUCGUGACCGGAAACACGAACGAGGUUUACGCCAGGACCGGUUAUCUCGGUUUCUUGAGGCGUACCGAGUGUGUUCAGCAGUCGGUUAUCAGCGACGUUCCCGGCGACACUUCCGCGGCGGAAGCGGAUCUCGUUCCCGGCGACGCCGAGUUGCACGACGCCGUGUUCGUUGUCGGUGCCCUCGACGAGGCUAUUCUGCUCAGGGGGAUGCGAUACCACCCGAUCGAUAUCGAGAAUAGCGUCAUGAGGUGUCACAAGAAGAUAGCGGAAUGCGCCGUAUUCACGUGGACGAACCUGCUGGUGGUGGUGGUGGAGCUGGACGGAAGCGAAAGCGAGGCUCUGGAUCUAGUGGCGUUGGUCACCAGCGCCGUUCUCGAGGAGCAUCACCUGGUGGUUGGUGUGGUAGUCGUAGUGGAUCCCGGAGUGGUCCCGAUUAAUUCGCGCGGUGAAAAGCAACGGAUGCACUUGCGCGACGGUUUCUUGGCGGACCAGCUGGAUCCGAUUUACGUGGCAUACAACAUGUGAACGGUAUCGGGACACCUGGGGAAAAAGGCAUCGUACAGCGAGCGUCGUCGGACCGACGUCGUGCCUUCCAGUAGCGUCGUAUCCGUUCUCGUGUCGGCGCUUAGGCGCUCACGGCUCAAAGUCGCGAGCUGUCUGUCAAAUUUUUACCUUUCUCCCGGAAGGAUGACGACGAUCUCUUUACAGAGAAGAAUCUGGUACGCGUCGCGAGGACUCCACGCACUUGUCGGACGAGCUUCGUGUCCGAACAAUAUAUUUCGCUCCUUUGAGAAAGGAACUCGCGUAUUCGCGUCGUUCAUCGCGUUAACUUAUACCGAGGGGUAAGAGAACUUCGAAACCGUAUUGAAAGUAGUCGGUGCGAGUAAUUCGCACGCGAUCGAGAAAUCGUGUUUCCGCACGGGGACGUUCGUCGACGAAACAGAGAGAAACGACUGACUCUUCCCGUAACGAGGUCUAUGCAACGGCAAAACGACGUGCAACAAAUCCACUGGAAACGAUACGCACAGCGCAUUAUCGACGCCCGGAAGGUUAACGAGAUUUACUUUACGUAACUGUACGUAUUUUACCAACGAACCAUCCGGCGGCGAAAUAGCACACGCGCUAAUUCAAUCCCCGGAACACCUUCGAACUUGAAACUGCCACGGCGAAAGUACGAGCAGCGCGAACGCCGGUCGACUGUGUCGUCGCUAGAAUCGUGCUUUUAUAACGCCGUAUAUUACCUGAACGCCGAAGCGACGGAUAUAGUGUCAUUCGUUAUUUAUAAAACGACAUCGGAACGGUAGUGAGCUUUUUUACGAGUGAAAAACGAAAAGAAAAAAAAUGUUAUUUUAACGGAGAACGGGCGAUUUCCAUCGGCGAGUCGCUCUCUGUUCGAACCAGACGGUUGUUCCACGAGCUAUAUACAGGUAUACAACUAUCUGGUGUCUAUUAGAGAAAAAGGGUGGGGGAAAAAAAAAAAAUGAAAAGAAUUUGAUACACACUUUGUCGUAGAUUCGUGUAGCUUGACGGAUUUUUUACCACGUAAAGUAACGAUUAGUCAAACAUAAUCUAUACUCUAUCGUAACGUGAGAAGUUUUAACUGUCGACAACUUUUCUAAUGUAUCGUCGCUGAAAAAUAUACACAUACACACGUACAUACACACAUGGUUCGCUAUCGCUCUGACUGUAUCUGAUUUUAUGGGAUUUUGUUACGUGACACGGCUUCUACGUUAUUGGUAUUGUACAACGAUUUUUGACACGAGUCGAUCCGGAAAUAAGACCAAGCAAGUAGAGUCCGGAUCGAUCAGAAAUUUUUCAUGAUAUUUAGCUGCAUCGCGCACAACACCGCACUUUUAUACCUUUAAAGUAUUUAUAUUAUAUUAUGCAGCUCGCAAUGAUAAUCGAGAUGCAACGUUGUUCGUCCGUUUUAUCCCGACAAAAAUUUCAAUUUCGUUCAAUAGCAGCGCACAUACGAAAAACAAUCGAUAUAUUUUUAACUUUGUAACGUCACAGGCCGAUUCAUUGUCUGCUAAGAGGGUACACUUGAACCCUUGGAGGAUGAGGUUUAAAAAAUACGCAUGAAACGAAGUCUGUCCAUCCUCUAAGGGUUCGUACCACGCAGAAACCUGAUUACCUGGCCAAUUUCCAAUGGAGAGGACUAAUCGCACUAAGGCAAAUUCGCAUCUCAGGGUUUUAGGCCGUUUCUAACGAACGGCGAUAUAUUUGAGGCUAAAUAUUUAGAACGGCCCCCUUUUGGAUGAUAUUUAAACAAAAAAUUAAAUGUAUAUUUAUUUGUUAUAAUAGCUGAUCGUACAAAACUGAUAGUUAACAAAAACAUCCAGUUCAAUCCAAUCAUUGAACGUUCAAUGAUUAUAUUUCCUAUAACUAUCAAUUUCGUACUGUUUCAACAAAUACAAAGAAAGUACAGUAGCACAAAGGAUUACAGUAAAAAUGCAAGUUAGCUGCAUAGUGUCGAUGCGUUUAAACUCCACGGUUUUGACUUCACUAGAUACAUAUACGGAAAAGUUACCCUCGAACCAUGAACAUCGGCGAAGACACGCGCCAAAAAUUUACACGCAAAUUUUCCCUUUCUCUAUUCUAUAUUUCUGUUUCUCCUAUUUUAUUUUCUUUACGCACAAACGCGUUCUCGUCAUAGAACCGGUCCUCUCGACCAAAGCUCAAUCUACGUAGAUCGUCAUCGUUGUCGCGACCGUCGACUUUCGGGGUUAUCAAUUUUAUUUUUAGACUUCCUCUACUUUUAUUUAUUCGACACAACGAUUUCUAAUUUUUUAAAUAGAGCUCUGCUAUUUCUGAACCAUUAUUUGUUACAGGGAUUGAAAACGGUUGUAAAAACUGAAGCGACAGUGCAAUAGUUCUGAAAGAAUUUUAGGUUAGGAACACAUACGUGCUUCGAUAAUAAGAGUGGCAGCUAUUCCUGUUCUAAAUUUAUUUUGAUACUAGAUCGUUCCAAGAUGCGAUCGAUAUAAUUAAUAAAGAAAGAUUACAUAAAACCUUCCAGGUAUCAUAUUUUUUGGCUGCUAAAUCGCCUAGGUUAUUUUGCAUUAGCAAAUCCCGAAAGUCGACCGCGCGUUCUUUCUCGUUUCCUUGGAAUUUUAUUAUUCUCGAGACUUUUUUCUACCGAUGUGUACAUUUGUUGAUAGUUUUAUAAUUUUAUAUUCUUAUUUUAAAUGUAACGGCACACGCUGCAUGGCGUGCAUAGGCCCCCGGGUGUGUCGUGUACGAUUAUCGCGAAAAGCGCAUUGCAAUUCGGACGAGCAGGUUCGCCGAUCUUGUUUAUAUCGUUACGAGGCUCGUGUUAAACUCUCGACGAAUUGUUGUUUUAUCAUUUAUUAUUAAUAGAUUCGUUUGAUACUUGUCUGGAAUGCGAAGUGUGUUGCGUUGUAUGUUGAAAGUACGACGAGAAUAAAUUCAGGACGUUAAAAUAGUAUAAACAUAUGCCAGAUACGAGCUUGUUUGAGUUACGAUAUAUUUUGUAUUGUAUCAUCCACGACGAUUCGAAAAUGAAGAAUGUUUGAAUACGAGCCUCGACUCGACGGCAGCUUCGUUAGCGCGAUUCGCAAAUUAAUAAUUAAUUGUCCUGGACGCCCGUUUACAGGCGUUCAUGUAAAUAAGUAUUGGAAGUAGGUGAAUUAGGGUCCCUUUUCUUCGACAUGUGUUACAUUUCCGAGAGCUUUUGCACUCGUCAGCCACGAGCACUAUUUUAUAACCUUACAUAAAACGCGACUGAGCAAUAGAACUACCGGUUUCGACAAAUUUUGUUUUUGCUAAAUUUGUAUCGGCAAUCGCAGAGCUCAUAAAUAUCAUUUAUUAGCAUUUCAUAUUGAAUUUGAUAGAUGUAAUGAUAUUAAUAUACAAUUAAGGGGGGACAUAACCUUUAAACAUUUUCAUGAAUUUAUUAAAAGAAAACCACUUGGUAAAUUAAUUUUUAUUUUAUUAAGAGUGGGAUUUUAGCAUAUUUUUAGAAUUUUAACAUUUUGUAGAAUUAACUACGCUGUUUUAAAUGAGAAAGUAACUUUCGUUCCAGAUUCGUCAAAGAAAUGUUGGUUAAAACCGACGACCUUGCUGCCGUGACAUUUCCCUGUUAAGAGGAAGAUUUCGAUCGCAGGUAUAUACGCUUUUCCAUCCUUCUUCUUCUUCUUUAGGAUUCCUGAUAUAGUUUUCCGCGUAUGCCGUUCUAACCUCACCAUAUUGAAAGCGUAAAAUGUUUCGAGUGCAAAAGGUCUCAAGCACGUUUCUAUUGAUUCGUUACCUCUUCUUUUUUUUUUUUUAAUGAUUAAGGUAUCGUGCCAUCUCACCUUGCGUCCUUUUGCGCUUUCACGCACGAGGAAACGUUCACUAUACGACUAACAGCAAAUUUGCGUUAUUAAUCCUGCUGAUUAACUAUUCACGGUUGAAUUCUUUGCAUCCAAUAGAACUUCGCCGCAUCGUCAAAGAUUAUAAAUCGUAAUAUUUUAAUAAAGUACAAUGAAUAAUAUUACGUUGCCUUUUACAAGCGUAUCGAGUUCUGUUACGAGAGAAGAAAAAUUUCUAGAUUUUGUCAUUCCGACCAGUUGGUUGUAUUACACUCUAGAAAACAAUAAAUACUAAAACGCGAAUGCUCGGACGCAACAGUUAGUCGAGCGACAACGUUUCUUUCUGCGCGAAAGAUCCGGAAUCACAGCAAUGCACCCCCGAUCACGCUAGGAAUGUGCAGCGUCGAGAAGUUUUUAUCGUAACCUGAGCAAACGAUCCCCAUUUCGUCAUUUAUCUCUGCAAACAACGCGAAAACACGAAUGAAAACGCCUUUUGUUUCCGUAAUCGCUGUUAGAAAUACGUGAAUACGAUCUACGAGUACAAAUCGAAACCGACUUUACUGUACAAACGAUCGUACAGGUACGUUCUCGAUCGGAGAUUGUAACGAGUAUUCGAUAGUUCGGUUCUUUUACGGUGUUGUAUUCUAUGGCGGUCGGUACGAACUCCCAUUUGCAAAAUCCUUCGCACGCCAUACUGCGUGAAGCUCUUACCGAACAAUUUAGAAAGCACUAACAAUCGUAUUAACUAUCGAGAGCAAAAAAAUGUGUGUCAUUUUUGUCGUCGAACUCGAGAAAGUGUAUUCGUUGAAAGUACCAUCGUAUACGUGUGCGGUAAUUUUACGUUGUUUUUUAAUGACACGCAAUAACACCGAUCAGGAUUACCGAACAGCAAAAAAUAAGGGCGAGAACGUUACGCAAUCCUACGAGUGGAGGGCUGAGAGUGCGUGCGUGCGAGGAACUUGGUUGUAUUAUGUAUAAAUGUUGAUAACUAGUUGAUAGGAAUGUGGAAGAUACUUGUCAUCGUUAACGAUCACGUGCUAUCAUGCUGGUCCCAAAACGCGAAGACCGGCUAUAUGGGAUCGACGAAUCCAUGGAUCUCUUUGGAACGGUACCGCGUAAUCCUGGACCGUGCAAAAUGGUCCAAGGCUGUGUAAAUAAUUACCCUGUACCCCAAUUGCGUUAGAAGUUAUUAAGGUACGAUAUACAAUAGUAUAUAUUACCACAGAAUAAUAUAAACGGUCACUGUCCUUACCAAGCCGUAGCAUUUUGCCUGUAUCAGUCGGACGAGGAUAUCAUUAUUAAUACUUUCGCGCGUCAGUCUUCCGCUACCGGGCAUACUUUUCAUCUCCCGUUGUCUCUUUGAUCCAAGAUGGUAGCGGAGGGACGUAACGCCAAGUCGAAACGGAAGAAAAAAAAACAGACGAUAGAAACGUCGUAGCAAUUUCUAUAGUCCGUAGCGGACUUUUUUUUCUUGUUUAAAGCAGAAUGGUGAAAGAAAGGAAAUGUACUCGACCAGUGUCCCUUACGGAUGGUCAUAAGCGUCGUGUACCUCGUGUUACGACGUAAAAUCACUCCCGAGAACCCUUUAAACCGAGCGCCUCUUUGUAAUCCACUCGAUAUUCACGAGGAGCUUCGCGAGCUAACAUCAAUAAACGUAAUGUACAUUUUUUGCAACGA